AUGGGCAAUAUUUGCGAGUGCUGUGGGGUGCGUGCAAAGGGACCGGCCUCACUGCCGGAGCAUGCGAGUGGCGGCAACGCCGGAUGCGGCUACGCUCUGGCGAAGAACGACCGCACGCGCAUGGAGGAUGCGGUCGUCUUGAAUGACAACGUGGCAGGGCAUCGAUGCUAUGCGGUGGUGGAUGGUCACGGAGGCGACAGGGCAGCAAUGUUUCUCCAGGAAAUGCUGCCCAGCAAGUUGGGGCAGCAUUUGCAGGGCUCCAAAACCAAAGAGCACGUCGUGAUGGAUACGUUUGCCGAGCUGGAUGAGGAGCUAAAACUUGCACUGUUGCAACAAGAGCCCAAGGCAAUCGGGAGAACCUCCGGAGCUGUGGCUUGUGUGGCCACCAUCCAGGGCAAGGAAUUGCUCCUCGCCAACCUGGGCGACUGCAGAGCUGUUGUUUGUGAAGGUGGCCAGGUGAAGUUCGCGACGGCAGACCAUUCCCCUGUUUCCAACAAGCUGGAGAAAGAACGCCUGCAGGCUUUGGGAGUGGCAGUGGAGGGCGGCUACGUCGGGGGUGAACUGCAGGUCACACGAGCCUUCGGGGACCUCGAUGGGGAGACUGGCCAGAAGCUGGCGGGCCUGAUCUCCACGCCGGAGGUUGCAAUCUUGGAGAUUAGCGACGACACGGAGUUUGUCCUAAUUGCCAGCGAUGGCAUAUGGGACGGCCUGCGGGAUCAGCUGGCCCUCACGACCGCACGUAAAAUCCUGCGGGAAACAAGGUCUCCCCAGGCCGCUGCCCAAGGGGUUCUGGAAGCGGCUGGCAAAGUCACCAAAGCGGACAACGCGGCAGUCGUCGUCGUGGCUCUCAACAUCCCGGAGCCCUUGCCGAAGCGAGAGCCCAGACAAAACCGUUUCCAGCUGAAGCUGGAUUGA